AUGGAUCCCGAGAAAAAUAAGGAGAGCGAAGUGACUGUGGACGAUAUAUUGCAAAUAUUAGGACCCUUUGGAAAGUUUAAUAUAUACAAUUACAUGUUAAUAUUGUUCCCUGUGCUGUUAGCGGGAAUGUACUCAUCGGUUUAUAAUUUUGAAGCCAUGGAUUUGAAAUACAGAUGCUCAGUACCAGAAUGCGAAGAUCCCGAAGUAAACUUCACAAUCCCACACUUAGAAGAUGGAACCCCGGCGAAGUGUUUAAGAUACGCGCCUUUUAGAAAUUAUAGCGCCUCCAGUUUAUCACUUAACGAUACAUGCUCCCCACAUUAUUUUGAUACGUCGACUGAGAUUGAGUGCGAUUCGUAUAUUUACUUUGAAGAACACUCUAUAGUCAAGGAGUUUAACCUCGGAUGUCAAGACUGGAAGAGAUCGCUCGUAGGAACAGUUCACAACGCAGGCUUCUUCGUCUCCAUACCACUAACUGGUCUGAUAUCAGACAAGUUCGGUCGAAAACUAGCCUUGGUAUUUGCGAGUGUCGCAAAUGGUGUGUUUGGAGUGAUACGAGCAUUCUCACUCAAUUACGAAAUGUUCAUCGUUUUGGAAUUUCUGGAACCAGCGUUAGGUGGCGGAGUGUAUACUGCCUGCUUUGUUCUUGCAUUGGAACUAGUAGGACCUAAAGGUAGAGUUUUUGUCAGUCUACUAUUCAAUACAAUGUUUAUCCUUGGAGGAGUUACUGUCACGAUAUUAUCCUGGUGGUUACAAAGUUGGCGAUACCUUCUCUUAGUCAUCUAUAUACCGGCUAUCCUUGUAUUCUUCUAUUUAUGGUCACUGACAGAGAGCUUCCGUUGGUUUUUUAGCAAAGGACGCUACGAAGAAGGUCUAAAUGUUCUUGCCAAAUGUGAGAAGGUUAACAACGUCACCGUACCCAAAGACCAUUACGAUCAAGUAGAAAAACAAGCAAUGAAACAGCGAGAUGCGAGAAAAUGUGAGGUUUUGGAAACUAAUCAGUCAACAUUCAAGCAAUUGCUUCUAUCACCAAUGAUUUGGAAAAGACUUUUCACAUGUUCUUUCCUCUGGACUUCGUCUACUUUGGUCUAUUAUGGUCUUUCUAUAAACGCGAUAGAGUUAUCAGGGAACAGUUACUUGAAUUAUAUAGUCGUUAUAGUAAUUGAAGCGCCUGCAAAUGUUUGCAAGCUAAUUUGCUUGGACAGAUUUGGGAGGAAACGAGUCAUAGCAACCGCGUUCAUGUUGACUGGUGUUAUACUAAUUACUUAUGGAUUUUUACCAGGGGGUAAUUGGUCGACAGCAUUCUAUCUCGGCGGUAAAUUCUUUAUCACACUCGCAUACAACUCGCUAUACAUUUUCGCGGCAGAAGUUUUCCCAACCAAUUAUAGAACCACUUUGUUAGCUAUUUGCUCAACAAUCGGACGAAUCGGGUCUGCGGUCGCUCCUCAAACACCCUUAUUGUCGAAAUUUUAUGAGUUCCUGCCUACAUUAGUAUUCGGGAUUAUGUCGGCCAUGUCGGGAGUGCUUGUUCUCACUCUACCAGAGACAAAUAAUCAAAAACUACCAGACUCUCUAAAAGAAGCCCAAGAACAAGAUCAUAAAAAGUCCGAAAACAAUGGAGAACGAGAAACAAAUAGAGAUGGCGAAACAGAAAGGAGAGAAACUAAAACUACGUUA